CCCCUUCAUCAUCUGAUGCUGCCUCGUCAUUUCCACUCAAUUCGGAACUUGCCUAGGCCAAGGCUGCUGGCUCUUUUACUAUCUCGUCGCAUUCUCCCACAGCCUUGAGAUCUGCUCUCAACACUCAUUAUCACGACUACCUUCCUUUACCCCUCCUCUCCACACCUCACCUCCCUCUCUCUCUCAUCUCCCUCCUCCACCCCCCACCUUUUAUCUACACCCUCUCAUCAUGGACUCCCCCGCCGUCCCCGCUCCGCUCGACCCCAAGGAGCAACCUAUUCUCGAGCGCCUCCUGCGCACACGCGAUGCGCUUCUUCUCCUCAAGCAAGACAAAUCAACCUACAUCAAAUCCCGCGACGUGCUCCCGAUGUACGAAGAGGUGAUCGCCGAGGUGGAGCAGCUCAAUGCCGUGCGGAAGGAACAAGACCGCCGGCUGGCACAUAACCGACUGGAUUAUGUCCUGGACGAUUGUUUCCAGUUGAUCUCGUUGCUGUUCUUGACGGUGGGAAGAAAUAAUGAGGCCCCCGCGCUAUACUCCCUUGCGACCACUGUUCAGCGACUCCUCGACCACCUGGAAGAAGCGGGCUUCUACAGCGCGAAAGAUCUGGGCUCCAUCACCAAGACACUCGCCAACAUGAACGAGACUCUCGAUCGCUGUCGCGAUGCCUACUCGCCGGCUCUGAUUACGCUAUUGGAAAGCCGCCUGGAGAAGUGCCAAUUGCAGCUGGAGAAGCUGCAGGGCGGUCUUGCUAAACUCAGUCCGGGACUGGCGUCAAUCCAUGAGACGCUCGUAUCGGUUCUGCGGUCAACCUCUGCCGUCAAUACUCGUUCAAAGUUCUCGGCGUCGGAGGUUAACAACCUGCGUGAGCAGCUGAAGAAAAUUCAAGCAAGCAUGAAGGACGGACAGUUUGUCGAUGCGGACGGCACACCCCUGUCUGGAGCUCAGGACGCAACCAAGACACUACUGGAACGGUGCUGGAUCUGGACGGAGAUUGUCUUGGAGCGGGAAGGCAAGAUCGAUGAGCGCUUCAAGGAGCAGUACGACCGGUUGAUUGAUAUCAAAACCCAGCUGGAUCGUCUUUCUGUCACCCAAGCAUGGUCCCUUCGCGAAACAGAUCUCUUCGGCUACCAGCGGAAACUCGAUCGCAUUGACGAAGCGCGGGUCAAUGGAAACUUUGUUGAUAAUGAGGGUAAUGUGGCGGAUGUACAUGCGCAAAGGACUCUGCUCUAUCUGAUCCGGCGAAGCUACGGAUACAUUUAUUCGCUCUUGAUCUCGUCUGAACCAGUUUCCGAGGCUUUGCUGCCAGUGCACAAUCAGCUACAGACUCUGCGCAGAUGCUUGUUGGAGGUCCAGGAGUCCGGCGGAGUCUCCAACUCGCGCGAGCUCUACCCAUACAGCAUGAAGUUGAACUCGAUUGACAACAUGCGGGUAGACGGCAAAUUCUACGUGGGAACCGAUAUUCCGGAAGGACAGGGCAGUGUGAAUGCGUUGUUGGCGGAAUGCUAUGAUAUAGUGUGGGAGUUGCGGGCAGCGGUGACCGAUGAGGAGAAGACCGCAUGAGAAGUUAUUGAUAUUUGUACUAAUGGCUGAAAGAGAAAGACCGGAUGGUGGACUUUUGAGUUCGGGGGGUGUUUGGGCGUACUAAUGAUCAGCUUGAGUUAGUUAACCUGUGAGACUACUAC